UACGAGCCUCAAUUCUCCGACGCGAGCGUCAAACGGGCGGGAAAAGGGACAGCAAUGAUUCUUCAAUGGGCACCGAUGCGACGUUGUUGGCAAGUUGGGCUCCGGCGUUUGUUGUCUCUGAUAUUGUUUCAUAAGACUGGCUUUUGAGUCUACUUAAGAGGAACUGACAGUUAACGGCGCCACGCCGCGCAAGCGGCUGCCAGUCUUUGGCUCUGUGUAUCCGCCGGCCCUUGAGGCAUUACGAUUAUAGUUGAUCCAAAAGUCUGCGAGGAUUAACGGCUGAAAAAUGACAGAACACAAGGGCAGCACGUCGCUCUUUGCGAUCUUCCUGCUCAGUCUGUACUCGCUCUUCUUGUUUCCCUACACGAUCUAUCGCGUGUUUGGCGGUGGCUCGGAGGAGACUGUGGUGCAGCCCUAUGUUCAGGGUAAACAGAAGAAGAGUACGGCGUCGCGCUAUUUGCGCAAGCUGUUCAAUAAGGGCAACCUCGUGCUUCUGGGGCUGUGGGUGCUGUGGGGACUGCUGCUGUGGUAUGUGCAGAUCACAUCCAAGGACCUGAAGCCGUUUGACCCGUUUGAGAUCCUGGGUGUUGAACCGGGCGCCACCACGCCGGAGAUCAAGAAGGCCUACCGCAGCAUGUCGCUGCUGUACCACCCAGACAAGAACCCCGACAAGAAGGCGCACGCCUACUUCGCCGAGUACAUCACCAAGGCCUACCAGGCACUGACGGACGAGGCGGCGCGCAAGAACUACGAGAAGUACGGACACCCCGACGGCCCGCAGGCCCUGGACGUGGGUGUGGCGCUGCCCACCUGGCUGUUCACCAAGGACUCGCGCCUGGCGCCGCUGAUGCUGCUGGGGCUGGUGGGCGUGGGCAUCCUGCUGCCGCUGGGCGUGGUGAGCUGGCACAUGCUCAACAGCAACCGCUACAGCGGCCCCAACGGCGUCAUGCAGGAGACCCUGUCCUUCUACUUCCACUCCAAGUAUUCGGUCAAAGAGGCGCAGUCUCUGGUGCGCAUCCCCGAGACGCUGGUGUGCGCCAUGGAGUUCAUCACGCUGCCCACACCAAGCGAACAGAGCUACGGUCUUGAGGAGUUGCGGAAGCUGACGCUCCGCAACAACGGCGACCUGAAGGACAAACCCACCUUUUGGAAGAGGAGGGCCAGCGUGCUCAAGGCCCACAUGCUGCUGCUGGCGCACCUGGACCGGGAGCACGACAACAUCCCCGCCACGCUGCAGGCCGACCUGCGCUUCGUGCUGACCAAGACGCCGCUGCUGCUGGAUGAGAUGAUGAAGAUCGCGGUGCUGCCGCGGCCGCCCGCGGGGUACGGCUGGAUGACGCCCGCGCUGGCCAUUGUGGAGAUGAUGCAGUGUGUGUCGCAGGCGCUGUCCGUCAGCAACCGCAAGCCGCUGUCCGGCGGCGGCGCCAAGGCGGGCGCGGCGGACGGGCUGGCGGGCCUGCUGCAGCUGCCGCACUUUGACGGCGACACAGUCAAGAAGCUCAAGAAGAAGCGCGUGACCACACUCAAGGAGCUGCAGGACGUGGCGCCGGCGGAGCUGCCCGAGACGCUCAAGGCGGCGGGGCUGGAGGACGCGGGCGUGGAGGCGGUCACGACCUUCCUGGCCACACUGCCCGCCGUGCACGUGCGCGCCGAGUGCGAGGUGCCCGGCGAGGAUGAGAUCAUGGAGCAGGACAUUGUCAAGUGCAAGCUGCAGCUGCUGGUGACGCGGCCCGCGCACAACAGCCCCGGCUUCGAGGCGCAGGCGCCGCAGCGCGGCAGCAGCAAGGCGGUGCGCGCCUUCACGCCCAACAACCCCAUCCCGCACGACGAGGCAUGGCACGUGUUCCUGGUGGACCCCGCCGCCAACGCGGUGCUGUCCUGGAGCAAGGUGGGGCUGGUGGAGGCGGAGGCGGUGGGCUUCAGCCGCCCAGAGCUGGCGGAGGACUGGGAGAAGGCGGCGGCGGCGGAGGGCGCGGACAAGAAGGACGGCGACCGCUCCCGCUCCAAAGCUCUGGCCACCGCCGACAAGUUCAUCAGCCGCUACGGCAACGGCGUGCAGCGCAAGGACGGCGGCGGCGGCGACAAGGAGGGGGGCGCCGGCGGCAAGGACGGCGCCGGCGGCAAGGACGGCGAGGGCGAGGCGGAGGCGGGCCAGGUGGUGGAGCUGGUGUUCGCCGCGCCCAAGGCCGGCAAGCACGAGCUGCAGGUGGUGGUGAUGUCGGACUCGUACGUGGGCUGCGACCGCACCAUCCCGCUGAGGAUACGCGUGGUGCCGCUCACACGCGCGGCGCAGGAGGGCCGCGACGCCAAGUCGCUGGCCAAGGCCAAGGAGUGGGCGGACAGCGACGGCGACGACAGUGACGAGGAGGCGGCGGCGCGCCGGCAGCGCCGCCAGAGGAAGAAGGAGGCCAAGGAGGCGCGGGAGGCGGGCGAGGCGCCGGCCAGCGACGCCGGCAGCGCGGCGGGCGACGGCGACAGCGAGGAGGAGGACGAGGACGAGGACGAGCUCAACUCGGAUGAGUACGACAGCGAGGAGUCGGGCGAGCUGGAGAGCGGCUCAGAGGACGAGGCGGAGGACGCGGCGGCGGCCAAGGGCCGGAAGCCCGCGCUGCCGGCGGCGGGCGGCGGCAAGGAGGCGAUCAAGCCGGUGGAGGUGUCAGAUGACGAGGACGAGGAAGAGGAGGAGGAGGACGAGUAGGGGGCGGUGUGCGCGAGUGGUGGUGGCCAGGCCAGGAGGUAGUUGGAGGUAGGUGGGGCGGCUGGGGUGGUGGCGGUGGAUGCGCCUAAGGCAGGUAGGUGGUCAAGGCCGCAGGUGGCGGCAGCAGGUUGCAGGUGGGCCAACAAAUCAGGUGAUGAUGAGUGAUAGAUGUGAGAGUGUGUGUGAGCAGGGAUACAGAUGGAGGGAAGCAAGGGCCGUCUGCAAAGAGCUCGGUGGCAAGGGCUGGAUAGGAGCAGUGCGGGUGGAGACUCGGGGGAGCAGGAGACUUGGGGAAUCAAGGGUGCGUGCUGCGAUGUAAUGCCGAUUUGCA